ACCGUUGAGUCUUAUAAAGGGUCUGGAGCUCUCGGAUACAGGACUGGCUAUAUGGGACGCUACUUGGAUGUCACAGUAUUUCACUCUCCUAAGGGAUCAUUUUAAUUAUUUAAAGGUUUUCUAUUUUUAAAUUUUUAAGUUACUUUCCGGUCGCGACGUUCUCAUUCAGGAUAGAUGAUUCUGUGCAGCUGACUGAUGCAGUCCGCUCAUCAUCAUCCUUGGGUAUCUAGAACCUUCGGAUGUUCUGUUGAUCCCGACUUUAUUCUUCUUUAGGACACUUUAUAUUUUAUGGAAAGACAGGACAAUAUCACAAACCGUUACAAAAUGGAUUUAAAUCCAAGCGUAAAAUGUAAAAUAGUGGUCGUUGGGGAUAGUGAAUGUGGGAAAACCGCUCUACUAAAUGUGUUUGCAAAAGAUGCCUUUCCUGAGGGCUACAUUCCCACGGUGUUUGAGAACUACACGGCCAGUUUUGAAAUCGAUACACAGAGAGUUGAACUCCGUCUGUGGGAUACUUCAGGCUCUGCAUACUAUGACAACGUGCGGCCUCUCUCCUACCCUGAUUCUGAUGUGGUCCUUAUCUGCUUUGACAUCAGCAGACCAGAGACCCUGGACAGUGUACUGAAGAAGUGGAAAGGAGAGAUUCAGGAAUUCUGUCCCAACACCAAGAUGCUGCUGGUGGGGUGCAAGUCAGACCUACGCACAGACCUUUUUACCAAAUCUCACUCUGGCCAUACCCCAGUGUCCUAUGAUCAGGGCUCUAACAUGGCCAAGCAGAUCAGUGCUCCCUACAUCGAGUGUUCAUCCCUGCAGUCUGAGAACAGCGUCAGAGACCUCUUCCACGUGGCCACGCUGGCCUGCGUCAACAAGGGCAACAAGAACGUCAAACGCAACAAGUCCUCCAGGAGCACCAAGAGGAUUUCACACAGCAGACCUGACCUGCCCACAGUGGUGUCAGACUUCCAGAAGACCAAAGCUAAGACCUGUGCUAUUAUGUGACUGGGAUGAUGCCAUUAGAGAGACUGGAGGACACUGUGAACAUGCUAAUGAGCAUUUGAAUUUUGGACAACCAUGAAGAGCUUUAUGCACUAUUAGAGGAACUGUUGGUCUCCACAAAGCGUGCCAACUGAGUGAGGGAUGGUGUUGUGAUAGUGAAAGCAGCCAUACUGUGGUUGUAUGUUAUACCCUGCCUUUUUUCAAGCUAGGGGAAGCAUAAAAACAAGGAGUGAAUGAACAUAUCAUAAACUGCAUAUAUUCUCCUGGGGUUUACUGAGAAUGUAUCAAACAGGACUGUCUGUUGACAAGAUAGUAUGUACUGAUGAGAGGAAACUGAUCUCACCCAAUGGCCACAUCUGGGAGGAUCCAGACAAUCGUCACUAAAGAGCUCUACUUUUAUUCUCAGCUUGAACUGGAAUCCCAUGGUUUAGAACACCGGCAGGGUUGAAGAAUCCUGACUAUUGAAAAGCUUCCUUUUCUGAAGUGUUAAAGGUACCAGUGUUUUGGGUCUGCUGUUUCAAUCAUCCUGUGUUCUUCUACGUAAGGAACCAAAAUUGUUGUGAGGAGAGUCAGUGAAGGAUAUGAGAGCAGUUAGAUUGUGUAAUGUGCUGAGAGGCUAUGAUGACAACCAAGAUAUACUGUUACCCUUUUUGACAUCUGUGUUGUCUGAACAGAUUGCUGCAUGUCACACGUGAAAUGUCACCCUUUACAUUUUGUUUUUCUUAACCUUUUGCCCUUUUCUGAAUCUGUUCAUUACGAUGUAUUAUUCUAAAACAGCGUCAAAAUAGUUAUUUUCAGAACUGUCAAUUUCCCAUGUUUAAAUGUACUGUAGUCAUGUAAAUGUGGUAAAUAUUUGAAUAUAUACUUAUACACUUAUAAGCCCAUCA